UACAAAUUGGGUGUACAGAUACAACAUUAACCAGUUGAUCAUAAAGUGGCGACCUUGAAGGACACACAAUUGUAUGAUAUGACAAGAAUAAUUCGACGAUGACUUUGCGUAAUUCAUAAUACUGUAAUUAAAGCAUAAAACACAAACGUUUUUGGAUAAUCUCAAAUGCACUAAUUAUAAAAGACUUUUAUUCUCUACAACUAUCUAGUACUUAGACAUGGUCGAGGUCGCCACAUUGACGGGAUGGGACAUCGCCGUAAUCGUUCUCUACUUUGUUAUUGUCCUAGGUGUGGGACUAUUUGCAACAAUACGAGCAAACAGAGGGAGCACCGAGGGAUUCUUCUUGGCUGGGAAGUCAAUGACAUUCAUACCAAUAGCAGGGUCCAUAUUUGCGACAAAUGUUGGUGCCCCUAUGUUUGUUGGGCUCGCGGGUUCGGCAGCGGCCCUGGGAAUAGCACCAGUAAUGUUUGAAUGGCACGCCACCUAUAUACUGAUUCUACUUGGCUGGGUGUUUGUCCCCAUUUACAUUGCAUCCGCAACAACAACGAUGCCUGAAUACCUAGGGAAACGAUUUGGCGGUGUACGUCUGAGAGUAUAUAACUCUAUCGUUCAACUAGUCAUGAUGGCACUCACUGGUAUUUCUGGUGAAAUUUACGCUGGUGGACUUUUUAUCAGGCAAAUACUUGGAUGGAACAUGUACUUAUCAGUACUGCUUAUUCUGGCAGUAACCUCCAUUUAUACAAUAGGUGGCGGUUUGACUGCUGUCAUCUACACAGAUACGUUACAAUCUGGAAUACUCAUCGUUGGAGCAGCCAUUCUUGCAGGGCUUUCUAUUACUAAAGUCGGUGGCUGGGAAGGAAUGUUUCAACAGUUCCCCGGUGCAGCAGCAAACUAUUCGUACGUGAACAGGGCACUUUAUGGCAACACAACAUGUGGAUUUCCACCCGAUGACUACAUGCAUAUAUUCCGUGGAGUUGAUUCUGGCUACCCAUGGCCUGGUCUCACAUUUGGUCUUACCAUUCUAGCAACGCAUUACUUCUGCACUAAUCAGGUUAUAGUUCAGCGUUGUUUAUCUGCAAAGAACAUCACACACGCCAAGGCCUCGACAGUUGUUGCAAGCUAUCUGAAGAUUUUACCUUUCUUUCUUUUUGUAACUCCUGGUAUGGUCAGUCGGAUUCUGUAUCCACAGGAGAUUGGCUGUGCUGAUCCUGACCAUUGCAACGAGGUAUGUGGUAAUCCAGCUGGAUGUACCAAUAUAGCUUACCCCCUUUUGGUCCUCAGAGUCAUGCCUACAGGUCUAAGAGGACUCAUGUUAGCUGCAAUGUUAGCUGCGCUUAUGAGUUCACUUACCUCAAUAUUCAACAGUUCGAGUACACUGUUCACCAUGGAUAUUUGGCAAAGAGUCCGACCCAGAGCCUCUCAGAAUGAACUAGUCUUAACUGGACGUAUAUUCUCAGCUAUAAUGAUUGGGUUAUCCGUGGCGUGGCUGCCAAUUUUACAAUUAAUUCAGGGUUCGCAAUUAUGGAACUAUCUUCAAUCAAUCUCAUCUUAUAUUAAUCCUCCAUGGGUAGCUGUAUUCUUGCUAGGAAUGUUCUGGCCAAGGUGCAAUGAGCAGGGCGCCUUUUGGGGACUGAUGGCCGGUCUAAUUGCGGGUGUAAUCAGAAUGGGGAUUCACUUCAGUUUCCCAGAGCCUUCGUGUGCAGCUGGUGUGGAAGAUACACGUCCUGCAAUCUUCAAGGAUGUCCACUAUUUACACUUCGCUAUGAUAUUGUUCGCCAUUUCUUUCAUUGUGAUUGUCAGCGUUUCAUUGCUUACGGAACCAAGACCAAAGAGAAAGUUGCAUCGACUUACAUGGUCCACUAGGAUGGAUAAGGAAGAGCCUGAACUCUCCUCUGAUGAAGAAGCGGAGGAAGAAGAAGAACUAACUAAAAAAGAUCCAGAAGCACCUGAAGACUUAUCGAAAGCAAGGAAAGUGUACAACUUCAUAUGCGGGAUUGAGCCAGAACAAACAAAGACGAAACUUUCCAAGGAAGCUGCGGCAGCGAUAAGAGCUGAAAUGACCGACAUUGCAGAGACUCCAUUCUUAUCAAACAUAAUGAACAUCAACGCAAUUAUCGCAAUUGCUGUCACGUGUUUCCUGAUUGGAUUCUUUGCAUAAAGAUAUUAAAUACGCAUGGGGAUAGACUAUGCUGACAAUUGUAAAUAAGUACUGUUAUUUUAAUACUGUCCAUUUAACAUACAACAGAGAAUGUAAGGAGCUGUAACAAAACGUUUUCUAACAAAACCUUUAUAUUUUUUUCCAGUUUUGUCAUAUUUCAUAUUUAAUAGUGCAGUUAUAUAAGCCAGUGCAAUUGACCCCCAAGGAGUACUUUUAAGUAAUUUCCUAUUAUGCCGUUUUCGUAUGACAUCAUGAUUUCCGAUGUCGAAACUACAUUGUAUGGAUUUCGCAAUUUCUAGAAAUGUACCUUUAGCUAUCUUCGAAGAACAUGGGUUAGCAUUUCCUAACGUGUGAAUGUGUAACAGUAGCGAUGUACUUUUAGUGACCUUGGCAGAAUCGGAGUUCAUAGUGAUCACUCCCUUCAGAACACCUUGUACAAUUAUAAAUGAUAAGAUUGCGCCUACUCCACAAACUAAGAAUGACUUUACAAGUUAGUCUUUUGUUUAUUAUAUUUGGUUAGGUGCAUAGGAAUGUACACGAUUUAUUUGUAGGUACAUUAUCUGUACAAAAAACGUGUUCAUUGAUAUAAGUCAAGAAAUUAUAUCUCACUUCAAAUUUCCUUCAGAAUUUUGCAUUUUACCCUUCCACAGGGGU